AUGCCCAUCACCAUGACCACUCUUGACGACACGGCUUACCGGUACCGCACCAGUGUCCCGGGGGACGCCGAGGCCAUCGAGGCACUGGAUGGGUCCUUCACCACCGACACCGUCUUCCGCGUCACCGCCACCGGGGACGGCUUCACCCUGCGGGAGGUGCCGGUGGACCCGCCCCUGACCAAGGUGUUCCCCGACGACGAAUCGGACGACGAAUCGGACGACGGGGAGGACGGCGACCCGGACUCCCGGACGUUCGUCGCGUACGGGGACGACGGCGACCUGGCGGGCUUCGUGGUCGUCUCGUACUCCGGCUGGAACCGCCGGCUGACCGUCGAGGACGUCGAGGUCGCCCCGGAGCACCGGGGGCACGGGGUCGGGCGCGCGUUGAUGGGGCUCGCGACGGAGUUCGCCCGCGAGCGGGGCGCCGGGCACCUCUGGCUGGAGGUCACCAACGUCAACGCACCGGCGAUCCACGCGUACCGGCGGAUGGGGUUCACCCUCUGCGGCCUGGACACCGCCCUGUACGACGGCACCGCCUCGGACGGCGAGCAGGCGCUCUACAUGAGCAUGCCCUGCCCCUAG